GAUCGGGUUCGUUAUUCAUUCAUACAUCUACCGGCGUGAUCAGCGGCACUAUACUUAUUUAUCCGUCUAACUAAAGAAUCUCAGGCACAGAACUAAAGUAAAGAUUCCAAGCAAUAACAUGGCAGAACUGAAAUUGACAAAGCCAGCACCAGAGUUCAAAGGUCAGGCAGUAGUGGAUGGAGAAUUUCAGGAUAUAGCGCUGUCAAACUACAAGGGAAAAUACCUAGUAUUAUUCUUCUACCCUCUAGAUUUCACAUUUGUAUGCCCUACAGAAAUCAUUGCCUUCAGCGAUAGGGUAGAAGAAUUCCGAUCCAUCAACUGUGAAGUAGUCGCCUGCUCUACAGAUAGUGUAUUCUCCCACUUAGCAUGGAUCAAUACUCCAAGGAAGCAGGGUGGAUUAGGAGAGAUGAAGAUUCCAUUACUAGCUGACAAAAAUAUGGAGAUUAGUAAAGCUUAUGGUGUGCUCAAGGAAGAUGAUGGAAUUGCAUUUAGGGGGUUAUUUAUUAUUGAUGGUAAAGGAAAUUUACGUCAGUACACGAUGAAUGAUUUACCUGUUGGAAGGUCUGUUGAUGAGACAUUGAGACUCGUACAAGCCUUCCAGUUCACUGAUAAACAUGGAGAAGUGUGCCCUGCUGGUUGGAAGCCUGGGGCUGAUACAAUAAAGCCCAAUGUCAAGGACAGCCAAAAAUUCUUCCAAAAAAAUAAAUAAAUUUGACACACUGACUGAGCAUUGAUCCUAGUCAAGUCAGUUCUCUUCCCAGGAAAAGUUUCUGCUACACAAGACAGUUAACAUUUACAUUUAUGUCCAUUUUUUAUUUUAUCCUAAUGCUGCCAUCAGGUCUAGAAUUAACAGUGAAGUUAAUACUUUUUAUGAGAUUUUUUUUGUAUUUACAUUUGUUUUAGUGGCAUAUAAAUGUAGUACUUUUGUUUCUGAGUGUUUUUGUUUUUUAAUAGAAUAAAAGCCAAGUUGAAAACUUUGUAAAAUGUUUUUGAUACAUAACCGUUUCUUUGCAAUAAAUUAGUUCUGAGCAA